AUGUGUGUAUGUGUGUGAGUGUGAGUGAGAGAGCGAGUGAGUGAGUGUGUGAGUGAGUGUGUGGGGCCAUUCGGCUUGUUGUUGUCGGUGACUUCCCCCUCCCCUCCGCCCCUCCCCCUCCCCGCCGCCGCUGCAGUGGCCGCUCCCUGGGCCGUAGGAAAUGAGCGAUAACGAUGACAUCGAGGUGGAGAGCGACGAAGAGCAACCGAGGUUUCAAUCUGCGGCUGACAAACGGGCUCAUCAUAAUGCACUGGAACGAAAACGUAGGGACCACAUCAAAGACAGCUUUCACAGUUUGCGAGACUCAGUCCCAUCACUCCAAGGAGAGAAGCAACAGGCAUCCCGGGCUCAAAUCCUAGACAAAGCCACAGAAUAUAUCCAGUACAUGCGAAGGAAAAACCACACACACCAGCAAGACAUCGAUGACCUCAAGCGGCAGAAUGCUCUUCUGGAGCAGCAAGUCCGUGCACUGGAGAAAGCGAGGUCGAGUGCCCAACUACAGACCAACUACCCCUCCUCAGACAGCAGCCUCUACACCAACGCCAAGGGCAGCACCAUCUCUGCCUUCGAUGGGGGCUCAGACUCCAGCUCGGAGUCGGAGCCGGAAGAGCCCCAGAGCAGGAAGAAACUCCGGAUGGAGGCCAGCUAAGCUGCGUGGGGCAGGCCAGCAAUAAGAACUGUCUCUUCGUCGUCUCCUCUCAGUUCGUUAGAACCCUUGGAACCUUAUAAGAGACUCUUUAUUUUUUCUUUCUUUUUUUAAUUUUUAUUUUUAUGUAGGCGCUCUUGGACAACAGCUCUUGUUCUUCCCCGUUUUCACUAUAUUUUUAAAUGUAUUCCCUUCAGGGAUUCCCUGCCCUCACCAGGAAUUUUUAAACCAAAACACCCCAACUUGGCAGCUUUUUCUGUGGAGGACAGAAGGCCGGCCGGACCUCCAAGCGCACGGCGCCCUGCCUGCCCACCAGCUCCUCCAGCCCGCCGGGCACGUGCCUGGAGGACCCUGCCCUGGGGCCUCUCCGGGUCCACCUCUCCUUGACAGACUGUGAAUCUGUGAACUGCUUUACUUCAAGAAGGCGACUGGUUUGGAGUAAUCAGAAUUCCCCCUCUCCUUUGGAAGGAUUUAUCUCUAAAAAGCUAUCUAUCGCCCCUGUUGAGAGAUGGGUCCUCGAAGAAGUGUGAGGUACAAAGGAAAGUAGGGACGGCUUUGCAGAGGACCACGUGACCCUCAGUGUGGACGAGCGGAGGCCACCGAGGAGUGGUGGGGCGGCGGCGAGGGGUGGGAGUAGGGAGCACUGCGUGGGGUAGCGGCUUUGUACGGAGGCCAGUGAUGAUGUUUUGAUAUUUAUUUCCUGCUACUGAAAUUUGAAUCUGAGUGAGUAUCCCUGUUUCUGAUAAUGUCAGAAUAGCAAAGCGACAGAUUCAUAAAGUGAUGAUCAAAUCGUGCUUUUCUUUCCGUGUGUAUUUCUAAGAAAUAGAGCCAACUGAUUUUGUAAUGUAAAUACCAAGAGCAGUUUACCUGGUACUAAGCCCACACCCCAGUGUGGCCCCUCCCCAGCCCUCACCCCACUUUCCUUCUCCUAUCCUGGACCCUGUCUCCAUCGUGUGAUCCCGCCCUGGUUCUAGCUGCGGUCAGCAGAUCCCAGCGAAGGGGUAUCGUGUGUUUAAGGCCUCAUUUCUUUGUCUUUUUCCUACUCCGUUCCUGGCAUUUGCUGAUUUCUAGUGUAUACUCUGUAGUCUCCGUCUGUGUUUGAUUCCAUUCCAUGGAAAUAAAAAGUAUGUUGUACAUACUGCUGAAUAAUUGUCUUGCAAGUUAAGGCUUCCCCCUUUACUAUAAGACUAUAAAUAAAAACUUAUUUUAUCCUU